AAAUUUUCUUUUCCUUUCGCUGAUUAAAAAUAAUUAACAAUCUUCAACUCAUUCUACCAAUGUUUCUUAAUUAAGUGUCUAUUAGUAUUAAUUAGUUUAAAUAACCAUCAUGGGUAAAUUAUUGUCCAAAAUAUUUGGCAAUAAAGAGAUGAGAAUAUUAAUGCUCGGUUUAGAUGCGGCCGGCAAAACAACUAUCCUGUAUAAAUUAAAGUUAAAUCAAUCUGUUACAACCAUUCCAACUGUCGGAUUCAAUGUGGAGACAGUCACUUAUAAGAAAGUUAAAUUCAGUGUAUGGGAUGUUGGUGGGCAAGAAAAAAUUCGACCUCUUUGGAGGCAUUAUUAUAUUGGAGCUCAAGCUUUAAUUUUUGUAGUCGACGCAUCAGAUCGGGACAGAAUAGACGAAGCAAGACAAGAAUUAUACCGAAUUGUAACCGAUAGAGAGAUGAGAGAUGUUAUUAUUUUAAUUUUUGCCAAUAAACAGGAUCUCCCAGAUGCUAUGAAGCCAUCAGAAAUUCAAGAUAAAUUAGGUUUAAAUGUCGCUGCUUUUAACCAAAGAAACUGGUUUGUCCAACCAUCUUGUGCCCCGAACGGAGAUGGACUGUAUGAAGGUUUAACUUGGUUGAUGACCAAUUUCAAAUCCUGAGGUUAUUUCUAGGAUUAAAUUGUUGAUUAGAACAAAAUAUAUUCCAUUUUUUUCCUUUCAUAAACGAAAUUUUCCUCGCUCUCAACAAUCAGAAAGAGAACGGAAGAGGAGAAAGAAAGAAAAAGAGAUUAAGAUGUGCUAAAGAAAAAGAAAGAGGAAACAGAUCACAAAAGAACAAAUCGAAAGAAAAAAGAAAAGUUUACUCCAAUUGAUAUUAGCAGAAAAAGACAACUCAUUCACUUAUCUUACUUAAUCAACAAUUCAUUGUUAUCCUCAAUCCAUUUGAUAAAAUAAUUCAAAGUUUCACACAUCAUCUUCUUUCAAACUAAAAUACUUUAGUAAAGUAAAUCUUUAUCCUCUUA